AUGAGCUUCUUUUGGCUACUGCUGCUCAUUGUAUCUGUGGGCAUGUGCAUCUACACCGGACUCCAAGCCAUGGAUAAAUGGAAAACUAAGAGCACCGUUAUGGGACUUGAACGCGACUUUUACUUCUGGCGUACGCCUGUGCCCAGCUUUACGGUGUGUCCCAUGCGCCGCUUGAGUCAGGAACUCUUCGACAAGUAUUGCCACAAAAAGAAAAUCACCGGCCAACCGAAAGAGGAUCUACAAAUCUUUCUUGAAACCUUGGCAAAUUCGACCUAUUUCAACUUCGCUAAUAUUACUGUGCGUCCGAGCAUCGAUAGCACCUUGGAUCGGCUACGUUUGAGACCCGCACAGUACAUGUCGUUGAUCUAUAAUCUCACCACCGACUUUACACAAAUGGCCGAUGAAAAUGAGCGCAUCAGAUUGAAUGAUGGCUUUAGGAGUUUUGUGGUGCGUCAAGUGCUCACCGAGUUCGGUAUUUGCUACUUGGGUAAUAGCUACUUGCAUAAUGAAUAUACGGCACGCUACACUAUAUUUGGAAAAUAUCCGAAAAUCAAUAAGGAACACCUACAAAUGCUGACAGGUAGCUAUUUUGAUAGCGUGCUGUUGAUUUUGUCAGUGCCGAAGGCAUUCGAAAGUAUUGGGGUUUUCAUACACUCAGCUCACGACGCCUUGAAGAUUGAACAAAAGUUUUUCUACACCAACGAGGCGGUUUAUUAUAAAGCUGAGGCACGAGAAAUCGUAGCCGAAGAGGGUUUUGAGAAAUUAACUACAGUAGCUCAGCGAAAAUGUCGUUUCCCACACGAAUCGAAUUUGGAACAUUUUGAAAUUUAUACCAAAAGUUUUUGCAUGCAAGAAUGCCGCCUCAAUUUGGUUUAUAAAAAAUGUAAAUGCAUACCGCAUUUCUACCCGAACAGAGUACCAAAUCCAAAGCCCAUAUGCUCUUAUACGACGCUGAAAUCUUGUGUGGCUAAAAAUGCAGAGUUCUUUCGUCGUUUACACAGCUCAAAGGCUCGUAAAACCGUAAGCUGUAAUUGCCUGGAUUCUUGUUUUAAUAGCAUUGUUGUUGUAAAUAAUGUGGAGGUUUUAGCAAACCUCAAUGUAUUUCAGACAGGUUUUAGUGUCGGCCUCGAAGUGACUUCUUGGCCAUUGGAGUUGUUAAAGCGACAAGUAAUAUUUACCUUCACAGAUCUAUUGGUUGCUGUUGGAGGCGCGGCUGGACUUUUUCUCGGCUUUAGCGUCUUGGGUGCCAUUGAGUUCUUUUACUAUUUUACAUUGCGUUUGAUUUGGUAUCUAAGAGGAUAUCGAAAUUAG